AUGGCGACUUCAAAAGAUCGGGACCUAGACCAAGAGGAAACUAAAGAUAUGAAUUCAGACGAGUACGAACCACCUGAGGGGACUCAGGAAGAUGCGAGCAAAGUCGAAGGAGCCGGAAAUAAUCCUACAUUCAGCUUGGCUGGCCCUGGAGCGAAUAACCCAGCAAGCAAUACGUAUAUUGGAGACAACUACCGCGAAUACAACCCUCAGUAUGGAAAGGAGAAUGAUUCUCCAACUUGGAGCUUGGCUCAGCCACUUCCUCAUAUUGUGCGGCCGGGCAUGCAGCACGGAGCACUACCAGAAGAUCGCAAAGAAGACAAGCAGGCCAUGACAAAUGGACAAAGCCUGGAUGCACCAAGUAAACAAUCUGGGAAGGCCCAUACUUCGGGCUCUGAUGAGGGUUUCUUCAACACUUGGUCGAAAAUCAGACAUUACAUUCGUGAGCCUCUGGCAGAAUGGCUUGGGACAACCGUGGCAAUGACAAUCGGUCUUUGUGCAACUCUAUCUCACUUUACCUCAGAUGGCCAGGCUGGAAGUUAUACUUCCCAGAGUGUCGCGUGGGGUUUUGGAUUCAUGGUCGCCAUCUAUAUCACUGGUGGUAUCUCUGGUGGUCACCUUAACCCAGCUUUCUCCAUUGCUUUGUCUGUAUUUCGUGGCUUCCCCGCCCGCAAGUGUAUUCAAUAUAUACUUGCACAGCUUCUUGGAGCCAUAACAGCAGGUGGAAUCGCAUAUGCAAUCUACCAUGAUGCCAUACUCGAACUCGUCGCUACUACCAAAGUACCCCAGAACGCAACAGCUGCUGCCCAGGCUAUGAUAACUAUGCCGAAAUCUUUCGUUCAUCCAGCCACAGCUUUCUUCACCGAGUUUCUAGGCAGUGCGAUUCUCUUUGGUGCUGUUGUUGCUCUUGGAGAUGACACCAACGCUCCACCCGGUGCGGGAAUGCAGGCAUUUAUUCUAGGAAUUCUCAUUUCAAUUGUGGUUCUUGCGCUGGGCUACAACACGGGAGGGUGUUUCAAUUGCGCCCGCGAUUUUGGUCCACGACUUGUUGCCCUCAUGGCAGGAUGGGGAGGUAACCUGUUCCGAGAAAGCCACGCAUGGUGGGUUUGGGGCCCUUGGUGUGCCGAUAUUAGCGGUGCAUUGUUUGGCGCGUUAAUCUAUGAUAUGGCUAUAUUCACUGGAGGCGAGAGUCCUGUCAACUACCCUCGCCGUCGACGAAAGCGUGCUUUUCAUGUGAGAGCGGUCAAUUUGCGAAAGAAACUUGGGUUGAGGCGAAAGAGAACGAAGGAUAUGGAGAGCUCGACUGCUGAGAACGACAUGUAA